AACAAAACUUAAACCUCUGCCUGGAGCAAAGACAAAAGAUUUCCCUCUUACUUUCUCCACUCAGUUUGACAAGUUUCAGUUUACCAUCUGCAGACUACCGUGAAAUAGGCUACGAUGGACACCAGGAAACAAUUACAGGAGCUCCAGUCGAAGUAUGUAGUGGACACACUCAAAUACAUUCAGACAGUGAGGCACUUCUGUGACAAACAAGACGAAUGGACCAUUGAGAGAGAGAAAGAGCUGAAGAUGAUGCGAGACAUCAAGGACCGAGCAGACAAAGCCAGUCAAAAUUAUGACGUUCAAAAGCGCUUAAAUAAUAAUAAGAAAGCCAAGGCAUUGUGGGAGUGCCUGAAGAAUAGUGUAAAAUCUGGGUCCAUUUAUAAGGACCUGGAGAAGAAACUGGGUGCUGUCCUGAAGAACACACUUCAGGGGCUGAAGGAACUUGACGUCUUCCUGGAUGCAGUGGAGAUGCUCGCGGUCACCUCACCGUUUGUCUUCACUGGACAGAGCUUCAUGUCUGAGGACGAGAGUCCUGAAAGUGUGCAAUCAGUCAUCAUGGCUGCAAGCAUGACCUCUCCUCUCCUCAUCAACUUUAAACGAAAUGCAGAAACCUUCUUCCUUCCUUCACUCAGUGACUUGGACGUCAUGUCCUUUCAACUACACAAAUACAUACGAAUCACAAAACAGAUUUGUGAGAGAAUGGAGGAAAGAUGUAAGAAGGCUCAGCCUGUCAUGGAGUUCAGCUGGAACUUUAGCGAGGACUUCAUGCAAAAAAUGCUUGAUCAUUUGAAGCAGUUGUGCGAAAUCAGGAUGGACCAGCACACAAGGCUGGCUUUCAUUUUUCAGGAAUCGAAGGCUGAGGAAUUCAUUGGUUUAUUCAGUGAGUGUCGCUCCAGACUGGAGAAGCAUCUGUCAGAUCUGGAAGAGACUGCAGUUCAGCUGGACAGGAUGAAGAUGGGGGCCAGUAUCUCCUCUGUGACUGGCAGUUCGGUUGGGAUAGUUGGGAGUGCUUUGUCCAUUGCUGGUCUUGCUCUGGCCCCCGUCACUGCAGGAACGUCACUGGGUCUCACUAUAGCAGGUCUCAGUCUGGGGGUUACCAGCGGGGUCAAUAGUUUGGUCACAGGCGCCACUGAACUUGGAGUCAACCUAAGGCAUGGGAAAAAAACCCAGGAUAUUUUCAACCAAUAUAUGGAGGAUGUGGAGAAGAUUCUGAGCUGUCUGGAGCAGGCCAGUAAACAAGAGCUUGUAAAGGGGCAGGGAUGGUUUUAUAUCAUUACAGCUGGGAAAAUGACACUUUGUGCUCUGUCAGUGAGAAAAAAAAUUAAAUCUUUGGCAAAAGGAGCAUCAGCUGUUACAGUACUCAAAACUGAGAAGGUGAUUGCAGCUGCCACCAAGGCCGGGCUCCAGGGGACAAAAGGUGCUCGUAACGUUCCCAAACUGGCUGCAGACCUUCCCGACAUUGGGCAGGUGGCAAAAGGGACACCGCUAGCUUUUUCAAAGUCUGCCAGAGUUGGAUUAAUCACAGCAAAUGCCCUCUUUAUUGGCUUAGAUGUCUUGUUUAUUUGCAAAGAGAGCAUAAGUCUGGCCAAAGGGAGCAAGAGCGAGGCCUCUCAGCUCAUCCGCUCACGAGCAGCUCUGUUGAGAUCUGAGCUGGAGGACUGGAAGAAGAUCCAUGAUUCCUUAUGCAUAGGGAUAGAGAGGGUCAGGAAGAGUCAGGAAGUGUUGGAGCAACCUUUCCUUCACCAAGAGUCACAGCCACAUCAUCAGCAAUGGCAGUUUUAUCCAGUUCAAAAUUCCUCUGCCAGUUCAUGGUGGCGAUAAGGAGCUUGGCCUGAUGCUUGUGGAAGCACGGCUCAGAGAUCCCCUGGAUUUUGAAGGCAUCCAAGAACUCAAAGAAAAAAAUACAUCUUCAUAUAAUAACCUGAGGGGUGAUGCCCAAAUAUGACGGCGCUGAGAUGAGCAGUCAUUUAGACCAACAGUUAGACUUGCUGUCUUGAAACAUUACUCAGUUUAUCACCUUCUUUUUUCAAGCUCUCUGGUUUGCUAAUUGAUAAAACAGGAAAAUAAAAUAAAAUAUUUUACUAAUGUUUUAUUAUUUACUAAUGUUUUACCAUUUGCUUGUUUUAUCAUUUAAUCAGUUGAAUGUUAAAUAGCAUUUAAUCAAACGUAAUCACAUUUUAAGAAAUCAUUUCUAUAAUUUUUAUGUUUAUUAUCAUGUGACAUGUAUGUUUAAUUCUUUACUUUUAUUAAUCUUUAUGUCAAGUAGCUGAUUGACAAGUGUGAACUUUUGUACUUGGGGAAGAAGAUGAGGGAAAAAGUCUUUCAGUUCCCGACGACGAAUGCUUGAAUGUCUCAGAAUAAAGUGGUAAACCAAUGUUAUGCAACAACUUGACUUAUCUUUAGGCAAGAAUAUUAUACUCAAGACUGAGUGUGUUAAUUAUACAUAACUUACUUAGAUUAGAAGUGAUUUUAAUUGUUAAUUCUAUCUUUUGAUCCUGAUUAUGGAUACAUUACUUUCAUUAUUCAUAUUAUUUGAUUGUCUGUUUGAUUGUUAUAAUAAAUAACAUUUGAUUUCAUCAUCUGACUGGAUCUCCUCCAUGCAUCACUGAUAAUUACUUUUAGUACAAUAAGCAUUAAUUAGAUCUGCUUGAUUCAUUGCACAUGGCAAAAUAAUAUUUUGAGAGUUGAAAAUCAUUACAUGGUGGAAGUCUAAGCUGAAAACUGUAUCCUAUAUACACAUGUGUACAUCACUGUCAAAUCUAAUAUAACUGAUUAAAAAAAUACUUGCACUU